CGCUAUUUUAUGUUGUCAUCCAACUAAAGCAAGGCGAAGAAGCGCGUCAGCUGACCCACACACCAAUAAUGAAACACCAGCGGCCUUUCGGCAACGGGCAGUGAUAGAAGUUCUCCCGGUCCAGACCGAACCAGCAUGGCGUUCAUCACAGCGAACUGGAACCCAAUGGGAGACGCCUUUUAUCGGAAGACAGAGCUGUAUCAGAUGUCCUGGAACAUCAGAGAUGGACUUGGAGACAGUUUGGUGGCAGCAGCUCCUUAUGGAGGACCCGUCGCUCUGCUACGAGAACCCCACAGACGUUCUCCCAGUUCCCGUCCUCAGUUAGAGAUUUAUUCUGCAUCGGGAGCAUCCAUCACCAGCUUCCCCUGGAAGAGCGGUCCAGUGGUCCACCUGGGCUGGUCGGUCAGUGAUGAGCUGCUGUGUGUUCAGGAGGACGGAACUGUCCUGAUCUAUGACCUCUUUGGAUCCUUCAAGAGACACUUUAGUAUGGGACAGGAAGUGGUCCAGAGUCAGGUGUUUGAGGCAAAGGUGUUCCACUCGCCUUAUGGAACGGGUAUUGCCAUACUAACAGGCUCCUCCCACUUCACCUUGGCAACAAACAUUGAGGACCUGAAGCUCCGCAGGUUACCUGAAGUUCCAGGUCUACAGGGAAAGCCGUCCUGCUGGGUUGUUCUCACUCAGGACAGACAGACUAAAGUCCUGCUGUCCACUGGACCAGAACUCUUUGUCCUGGACAACACGUCCUGUACUGCUGUGUGUCCUCCAGGUCUCAGUCCUCAGGCUGGAAGCAUAGUCCAUAUGUCCGUUUCUUUCAGCUAUAAAUACCUGGCUCUUUUUACUGACACUGGACACCUGUGGACUGGCCUGUCCAACCUACAGGACAAGCUGAGUGGAGUUGACACAAAUCAGAAGGAAACGCCAAAACAGAUGGUCUGGUGCCGCAGACCGAAAACCCAGCAGCCUUCUGUAGUGUUGAUGUGGGAUAGACUGCUCCUGGUGGUUGGAGUGUGUAACGACACCAUCCAGUUUCCUCUGGAGGAUCAGUCUGUGUUAGUGGGAGAACUGGACGGAGUUCGGAUCAUCAGCUUGACCAGUCAGGAGCUUCUUCAGGAGGUUCCUCUUGUUUGUCAGGACAUCUUUAAGAUUGCCUCCAUGGCUCCUGGAGCUCUGCUGCUGGAGGCCCACCGGGAGUACGAGAAAUGCAGUCAGAAGGCAGAUGAGUACCUGAGGGAAAUCAAGGAGCAAAACGUUCUGGGAGAUGCUGUCCAGCAGUGUGUGGAGGCAGCAGGUCAUGAGUAUGACACGGACACCCAGAAGGCCCUGAUGAGGGCGGCGUCCUUUGGAAAGUGUUUCCUGACUGAAUUUGGUCCUGAUCCUUUUGUGACGACCUGCCGAGAGCUACGUGUCCUGAACGCCGUCAGAGAGACCAGCGUUGGAAUGCCGCUCACUCAUACCCAAUUUAAACAAAUGACUCUACAGGUGCUAAUUGACAGGUUGGUGUACAGGCAGUUUUACCCGUUAGCCAUUGAAAUUUGUCGCUAUCUGAAGAUUCCGGAUUAUCAGGGGGUGAGCAGAGUUCUGAAGCAUUGGGCUUCGUGUAAGGUACAGCAGAAAGACCUAUCUGAUGAGGCCAUAGCUCGGGCUGUUUGUUUGAAGGUUGGAGACUCACCUGGAGUUUCAUACUCGCAUAUUGCUGCUAAAGCAUACGAAUGUGGACGCACUGAGCUUGCUAUAAAGCUGCUGGAUUUUGAAGCUCGUUCUGGAGAACAGGUUCCUCUGCUGCUGAAGAUGAAGAGGAGUCAGCUGGCUCUUGGUAAAGCUGUGGAAAGUGGCGACACUGACCUAGUAUACACAGUGGUCACAUAUCUGAAAAAUGAAAUGAAUCGAGGAGAUUUCUUCAUGACUUUGAGGAAUCAACCUGUAGCGCUCAGUCUUUACAGACAGUUCUGUAAACUACAGGAACAGGAGACUCUGAAAGAUCUCUACAACCAGGAUGAUGAUCACCAGGAGCUGGCAAACUACUACAUCAUGGCAAGUUACAGAGAAAAGAGGUUGGAGAGCCGACUGUCUCACCUGCAGAGUGCUAUAGAUGAAUACAAUAAGGCCAAGAAUGACUUUGCUGUAAAGGCCACAGAAGAUGAGAUGCGUCUCCUUCGUUUCCAACGAAAGUUGGAUGAUGAGAAAGGGGCGGGGCUUCUCGGGCUGUCUCUGCAGGGAACCAUGGAAGCUCUGAUGUCAUUAGGACUUCACAAACAAGCAGAGCAGCUCUACAGAGAUUUCAAAGUACCUGACAAAAGGUAUUGGUGGUUGAAGCUUAAGUCUCUGGCAGAGAAGGAGGAGUGGGAGGAGUUGGAAAAAUUCUCAAAGAGCAAGAAGUCCCCCAUUGGAUAUCUUGCGUUUGUUGAAAUUUGCAUGAAGAACAACAACAGGUAUGAAGCCAAGAAGUACGUCUGUAAAGUAACCCCUGAGCAGAAGGUCAAAGCUCACCUGGCUGUGGGUGACCUGGAGGGUGCAGCGGACACUGCCAUCGAGCGCAGGAACGAGUCAGAGCUGGGGGCAGUCCUCUCUAGAUGCUCCGCCUCCGACCACCUUCUGGUUGACAGGUUGAAUCGAGCACGGGUCAACUCUUCCAAAAAGUGAUGUGUACGUGGUCCAACCACGUAAACAAGCUCCUGUCAGAUUCUAAGAGUCUGAUCUAUCAGCUGAUGAGAUGGAAAAUAAAAAAAUUUUGACAAGGUGUUAGCUUUUCUCUGGGCCGUUUCAUUAAACACAUCUAAACAUC